UUCCUUCCCUGUCCACCACAGGGGGGGGUGGGGUUACGUUUCCACUGCUGGCCAAUCCCAGCAGGAAGCUCUCAUGGCCUGGCCAGCAAUUGGCUGCCCAGGAGGCGUGUCCUUUUAAACCUCCUUGUGGAAUGUAUAAAGCAGCCGUCCAAUGGGAGAGCCACACUGGCAGCUCGUGUUACUCAGCAGACCGGCGAGAGAUCCAGGAAUGAGGCAUCAUCCGCCCAUCAUGGGGGUUCCAGAGAAGUUCCAGUUUGCCAUAGACCGAGGCGGGACUUUCACAGAUGUGUUCGCACGUUGUCCCGGGGGUAAAGUCCGCGUCAUGAAGCUGCUGUCCGAGGACCCGGCAAACUACAAGGAUGCCCCGACUGAGGGUAUCCGCCGGAUCCUAGAGGAGGAAACGGGCUCCGCCUUCCCUCGGGAUCGGCCCCUGGACACUCAGCAGAUCGAAUGGAUCCGGAUGGGGACCACCGUGGCCACCAACGCCCUGCUGGAAAGAAAGGGAGAACGGAUCGCUCUGCUCAUUACCAAGGGCUUCAAAGAUCUCCUCCACAUCGGGAACCAGGCCAGACCCAAGAUCUUCGACCUGGAGGUGCGGGUGCCGGAGGUGCUGUAUGAAGAGGUGAUAGAGGUGGAGGAGAGGAUCGUCCUCCAGCAAUCUGCCUGUCGGCUCCAAAAACUCCCUUCAAUGAAGACCUUCAUAGGUUCCACAGGGGACUCCCUGGAGGUCUGGGAACCGGUGAAUCUGGAAGAUCUGAAGAUCAAGCUGCAGGGGGCGCUGUCCCGCGGGAUCCGCAGCCUGGCGGUGGUCCUGAUGCACUCCUACACGUGGUCCUCACAUGAACACCAGGUUGGAGAACUGGCCCGUUCCCUGGGCUUCACCCACGUCUCUCUCUCCUCGGAGGUGAUGCCGAUGAUCCGCAUGGUGCCCAGGGGCUACACCGCCUGUGCCGAUGCCUAUCUGACCCCCUGUAUACAGAGAUACCUGGACGGGUUCAGCCGAGGCUUCCGGAACCAACUGAAGGAUAUACAGGUCCUCUUCAUGCGUUCGGAUGGAGGCCUGACUCCCAUGCACAGCUUCAGCGGUUCCCGCGCCAUCCUCUCCGGACCAGCAGGGGGCGUGGUGGGGUACGCCAUCACCACCUAUCAGCCCGGCGACCCCCAGCCUGUCAUUGGCUUCGAUAUGGGAGGUACAUCUACGGACGUCAGUCGGUACGCCGGCGAGUAUGAACACGUGUUUGAAGCCACCACGGCCGGAAUCAGUAUCCAGGCCCCGCAGCUGGACAUCAACACGGUGGCUGCGGGAGGAGGCUCCAUGCUUUUCUUCAGGUCAGGAUUGUUUGUGGUCGGCCCCGAGUCUGCCGGAGCCCAUCCAGGUCCUGCAUGCUACAGGAAAGGGGGCCCCCUUACCGUGACGGAUGCCAACCUCUGCCUGGGCCGCUUGAUGCCCGACUACUUUCCUCGCAUCUUUGGCCCCUCGGAGGACCAACCUCUCUCCAAAGAAGACACGGCCCAGAAGUUCCAGCAACUGACUGCCGAGAUUAACCAGUUCCAGCACAGCCGUCCAGGUGGAGGAGCGCCCCUCAGCGUAGAGGAAGUGGCCAUGGGCUUCAUCAGGGUGGCCAACGAGGCCAUGUGUCGGCCAAUCAGAUCACUUACUCAGGCGAAAGGCCAUGACACUUCUCGUCAUGUGUUGGCGUGUUUUGGUGGUGCAGGAGGUCAGCAUGCUUGCGCCAUCGCCCGCUCAUUGGGAAUGAAAACGGUCUUUAUUCACAAGUAUGGUGGAAUCCUGUCGGCAUUCGGCAUGGCUCUGGCAGACGUGGUACAUGAGGCCCAGGAGCCGUGCUCUGUGAUGUACAGCAAAGACUCCUUCCCUCUCCUGGAGGAACGGAUCUCCGCUCUGGAACAGCAGUGUAUUGGGGCUCUCCAGCAACAGGGAUUUCACAGAUCACAGAUCGUCACGGAGCCGUUCCUGCACCUGCGCUACGAGCGUACGGACUGCGCCCUCAUGUGUUCAGCCAAGGGAUACCCAGCAGACCCGCAAUCCUGCCGUGCCGGGGACUUCAAGAACGCCUUCACAGCCAGGUACAUGAAGGAGUUCGGAUUUACCAUCCCAUCCAGGCCCAUUGUGGUGGAUGACAUCCGGGUACGGGGGACUGGCAGUACUGGUAUCCGCUGCGAGAGCCGCAUCCAACCCAGCGGGCAGCCGGCCCGUAUAGAGAAGGUAACCAAAUGCUACUUCGAAGAAGGGUACAAGGACACCCACGUGUACCUCUUGGAGGAGUUGUCAUGUGACCACGCCCUCCCUGGACCCGCCAUCAUUAUUGAUCAGAACAGCACCAUCCUGGUGGAACCGGACUGUACGGCUUCCAUCACGGAAUACGGGGACGUCCAGAUCACAGUGGGAAGCGGGAAACAUCAGGCGAUCGGCACAGAACUGGACACCAUCCAGCUGUCCAUCUUCUCCCACCGCUUCAUGAGCAUCGCAGAACAAAUGGGUCGUAUCCUGCAGCGGACGGCCAUUUCCACCAACAUCAAGGAACGUCUGGACUUUUCCUGCGCUCUAUUUGGCCCUGACGGCGGUCUGGUGUCCAAUGCCCCCCAUAUUCCUGUCCACCUGGGAGCCAUGCAGGAGACGGUUCAGUUCCAGAUUAGAAGCCUGCAGGAUGACCUGAAGGAAGGGGAUGUCAUUCUAAGCAAUCACCCGUGUGCUGGAGGAAGCCACUUACCUGACCUCACUGUCAUCACACCGGUGUUCCGGCCUGAAGCUCCCCGUCCGGUGUUCUUCGUGGCCUCCCGUGGGCACCAUGCUGACAUUGGUGGGAUCACGCCAGGUUCCAUGCCACCGCAUUCCAAGUCCCUGAAGGAAGAGGGAGCGGUCUUCAUUUCUUUUAAGCUGGUGAAGGAGGGAAAAUUCCAAGAGAAAGCUGUCACAGAGGCACUGAUGGCUCCAGGUUUAAUCCCGGGCAGCAGCGGGACACGCAACCUCCAUGACAAUUUGUCAGAUCUGAGGGCGCAGGUGGCAGCCAAUCAGAAAGGCAUCCAACUGGUGAAGGAGCUCAUUGAUGUUUAUGGAUUGGAAGUGGUUCAGGCGUACAUGGGACACAUCCAGGCCAAUGCUGAGGUGGCGGUGAGGGAAAUGUUGAAGGCUUUUGCGGAGCGCUGGGAGAAGCAGACGGGAGCGCUGGAAGUGGAAUCUCUGGAUUUCAUGGAUGACGGCUCUCCAAUCAGACUGAAGGUGAAGAUUAACAAGGAAGAGGGCAGUGCUGUAUUUGACUUCAGUGGCUCCGGGUAUGAAGUUUUUGGGAACUGUAAUGCCCCCCGUGCUAUCACCCUCUCCGCUCUCAUUUAUUGCCUUCGUUGCAUGGUGGGGCAAGAUAUUCCCCUAAAUCAGGGUUGUCUUGUGCCCAUUAAAUACAUCAUUCCCAAAGGAUCCAUCCUGGACCCCUCACCGGAUGCUGCUGUUGUUGGAGGAAAUGUGUUGACAUCACAGAGAAUCGUGGAUGUCAUUUUUAAGGCCUUUCAAGUCUGCGCAGCAUCACAGGGCUGUAUGAACAAUGUCACCUUUGGGAACCAGAAGAUCGGUUACUAUGAAACAGUGGCUGGAGGUGCAGGCGCUGGACAGCACUGGGAUGGGAGAAGCGGAAUCCACAGUCACAUGACCAACACCCGAAUUACUGACCCAGAGAUCCUGGAGAAGCGGUACCCGGUGGUCCUCAAGCGGUUUGAGCUGCGUCCAGGCUCAGGUGGUGUUGGGAGAUUUACAGGAGGAGAUGGAGUAAUCCGGGAGCUGAUGUUCAGAGAAGAUGUCAUUUUGUCGGUUCUCACGGAGCGAAGAGUAUUCCGCCCCUAUGGACUAAAUGGAGGAUCUCCUGGAGAUGCCGGCCUCAACCUCCUCCAUCGCCGUGAUGGGAGAACCAUUAACCUAGGAGGGAAGACCUCUGUUUCUUUGGAGCCCGGGGACAUCUUCACCCUUCACACCCCCGGAGGAGGCGGAUACGGCGAUCGGAACCAAGAUGGCGACACCCCAGUGCCUAACAAGAAUCCAAACCGCAGCUUUGAGGAACGGGGAAGUGUCUUCGAUUACCGCAUGGCACAGGAGACCGUAUGACGAAACAAAGAGCUGGGGUGGUCACUGAGGCUGGAGACACUGUAUACCCCCAGGGACACUGUAUGCACCCAGGGACAUUGUAUGCCCCCAGAGCCACUGUAUACCCCCAGAGACACUGUAUGCCCCCAGGGACAUUGUAUGCCCCAAGGUUGCUGGCAGUUGGCAAUCAUUACUGCCCCCUGGAGGUAGCAGGUGAAGGACAAUGGCCCCAGAUCUGAUUUAUCGGGCACAUUGGAGCCUUAAUGGGUUUUUUUUUUCCCUUAUUGUGUAUUUUUUUUUGCAGUCUGUGUCCCACCAGGGGGAUUCCCUUCCAUUUAUUUCCUGUCCCAGAGGUGAGCUCUUCAAAGGAGGAGGAAAUCCCUUCCUCAACAGGUGUCCCCAUUGGAGAAUUUCUUUUAUAUUCCUGUUUUCCCUAUAUUGAGGACCGACACCUAGUGGUGGUGGAAGGGAACUACUGUGAGGCUCCAAAUGUAAAGAGUAGGGAUGAUCUGAACACCCCCGGUUCGGUUUGCACCAGAACUUGUGAACAGGCGAACAAUUUGUUCGAACCCUGUUAAAGUCUAUCGGACACGAACAUGAACAAUCAAAAGUGAUAAUUUUAAAGGCUUAUAUGCAAGUUA